GCAAACACUGAUACUUCUACACACAACUACAGAAGAGAGAAGCUAGCAAAGCAGCUUUGAUAAUAUAAGCUUAGCUUAAAGAAGAUGGCAAGGCUACUUUGGGUGGUGCAGAAGCCUGUAUAUUUUCUGGGGAGACAAUGGAAUGGCGUCGACAUCGCUAGUGUCAUCACCCUUUCUGUUGUUCAUCUCAUUGCUCUUCUCGCACCAUUUUACUUCACCUGGUCUGCGUUUUGGUUGGGUGUAGCCCUUUACUUUGUCACCGGUGUGGGAAUAACUCUAUCUUUCCAUAGAAAUCUCGCCCACAAAAGCUUCAAGCUUCCCAAAUGGCUGGAAUACUUCUUCGCCUAUUGUGCCGUUCAUUCACUUCAGGGAAGUCCAUUAGAAUGGGUUAGCUCGCACAGGAGUCAUCACCAGUUUACAGACACGCCGAGUGACCCUCAUACUCCUCUUAAGGGUUUCUGGUUUAGUCAUAUUGGCUGGAUUUUUGAUUUUCGUAAACGUUUUGGGAGUUAUGAUGGAAAACUAUACAAUGUUGGAGAUUUGAAGAAACAAAGCUUCUAUAAGUUUCUUCAUUACACUUACCCUUAUCACUGUAUUGCUUGUGGAGUUGUGCUCUAUCUCAUAGGAGGAAUGCCUUAUUUAGUUUGGGGUAUCGGUCUUAGAGUCUCCAUGAUUGCUAUGGUCAAUUUUUCAGUCUCAUGGUGUACCGUUCAUAGCUCUCUUAUCAGACACUAG